GCUCCCUUAUUACUUUCUGUUAUAAUUCUUUCUUUUUUUUAAAAAAAAAAAAAUCAAACUCUCUUGCAGAUCUCCUUCUAUAUCUAUGUACUUCUCAUUUGAUUUCUUGAAGAAAACUUAGAUCAACAGAGAGAGAAUGGAUGUUGUGGGUGAUCUUCUUCCAUUCUUGGCAAUGGUCCUUGUACAGUUUGGCUUUGCAGGGAUGAACAUCACUUCAAAGCUUGCAAUGGACUCCGGCAUGAAACCACUGGUUCUUGUCUCUUACCGGCAAAUUUUUGCCACCAUUGCAAUCCUCCCUUUUGCUUAUUUUUUCGAAUGGAAAACAAGACCCAAGCUUACCAAGACCCUGCUGUUGCAGAUUUUCAUAUGUUCCCUUACUGGGGUAACUGGAAACCAGGUUUUUUAUUUUAUUGGGUUAGAAAAUUCCACCCCAACAAUUGGUUGUGCACUGACUAAUAUUCUCCCUGCUGUUACUUUCAUUUUUGCAGUCCUUCUCAGGCAGGAAUCUGUUGGAAUCAAGAAGAUAUCAGGACAAGCUAAGCUGUUAGGGACAAUAAUAUGUGUAGGAGGUGCCAUGUUGUUGUCGUUUUACCAUGGAGCAAUCAUCAAUGUAGGUGAAUCCAGCAUUCACUGGAAAUAUGCUGAUGAAAUGGGAAGCAACAGUUCUUCUUCCCAAUCAAACUUCAUUUUGGGCCCUUUGUUUAUAAUGGCUAGUGCAGUUUGCUGGGCAGUUUGGUUCACCGUCCAGGCGAAGGUAGGUGACAAGUUUCCAGCUCCAUAUACAAGCACAUUGUUGAUGUGCUUUAUGGGUAGCAUUGAGUGUGUUGUCAUUGGCUUGUUUCCAAAUCACAAACCAUCCCAGUGGUCAUUACACUCUCCAGGCAGGCUAAUUGCAGCUCUUUACGCAGGAGUUGUAUGUUCUGCUCUAGCAUUUUCCCUCACCUCAUGGAGUAUUCAAAAGAAAGGAGCACUUUACGUGUCAGUUUUCAGCCCACUGUUGCUGGUCAUUGUGGCUGUUCUCAGUUGGGCUCUGCUUCGUGAGAAAUUGUACAUUGGAACGGCUGUAGGAUCUGUGAUGAUUGUUGGGGGGCUUUACGCUGUUCUGUGGGGGAAAGACAGGGAGAUGAGAUUGAAGAGUGUUGAAGAGAUUGAAGCCUGGAAGGAAUGUGAAAAGCAAGAGAAAGGUGACCUGGAAUUACAGUUGCCUGCAAAUUCCUAAAUCAUGAGAUAAAAGAAACAAAGAAGUAAAGCCAAUUAAGUUUCUCUGUUUCACCAAUUUAUCUACGGAGAAACAUGAAUUUGUUUUUGAUUCAUAAUUAAUUAUGAGGCCUAUGUGGGUGAUUUUUCCUUGAUUACCCGAAUUUAGGAGUAAUUUCUGGAGUUAUUAUCACUAAGCACUAUUUUUUUUUGCUUAAUCAAGAACAUUAAUUAAUUAUCAGUAUUUCCUUA